AUGCUUUCACUUCUUUCAAGGAAAUCCCCAACAACUACAACUCUGAACUCAAUCGCUGUCGUAUCUGCUGAGUAUCUAGCAGCCGGAUCUGCCUUGCACAUCUUAGAGGGAGAUGAUCAAGGAAAGAUUGAGGUGUUGGAAUAUUCGCUUAGCAGCAGUUCAACUACAACAGCGACGAACCCAGGCGUCAGAUCAACACCAACAGUUUUUGAGCCUCACAACAACGCAGCCCCCGACGGGGGUCGCAACGCAUGGGCGGUUAUCAUAGACGCGAGUCGGUACUACUACAACUAUCGUCAUGCCUCGAACGCGUUAUCAUUCUAUCGAACAGUGAAGAGACUAGGAAUUCCAGAUAAUCAAAUAAUUUUGAUGCUUGCUGAUGAUGUAGCGUGCAAUGCUCGCAACGCUGAACCCGGCCGACUUUUCAAUGAUCGUCAAACGCGUUUGGAUCUCUACGGCGAAGACGUCGAAGUGGACUUUAGAGGGGAGGAGGUCACAGUGGAUAACGUCUUGAGGCUUCUAACAGGACGACAGCCUGGUUGGACUCCACUAUCGAAGCGACUGCUGACUGAUCGCUCUAGUCAUAUAUUUUUCUUUCUGACUGGUCACGGUGGAGAUCAAUUUUUGAAAUUCCAGGACUGGGAGGUGAUCACUUCGCAAGAUAUCAGUAAUGCAUUCCAUCAAAUGUACAAGCAGAAUAGGUAUGGCAGGAUCUUAUUUCUUGUUGAUAGUUGCCAAAGUGCUACCCUUCAAACGACUUUCGUUUCUCCAAAUAUCGUCGCUGCUGGGUGUAGCAAGAAAGGACAGAACUCAUAUUCCCAUCAUGAAGACAACGCAAUUGGUGUUCCGAUCAUCGAUCGCUUUACGUAUUAUGCACUGCAUUUUCUCGAAGGCCUCACGCCCCAAUCCAACGCAACGCUGCAGCAAUUCUUCGAUGCUUUUGAUUCUCGGCUGCUUUUGUCGGAGCCGGAGGUCCGGACUGAUCUAUCCGACAAGCCCCUGACAGAACUAACAGUAGCAUCAUUUUUCAGUGCUGGAGGAGUUGGAUCAGGAAUUCGAUUCUUGAAUGAUGAAACAUCACCUGAACCUUCGUUUUCGAGUGGCCAUUUUCCGGUUGUGUUUGCCCGGUAG